AUGGUCGCGAUCUUCGUGAAGAUUUUAAAGCUCACAUUUAGCGAGCAGAUGGGUCUCUUCGAUGGGCUCCACCUGCUGGCGUUCGUGGCGGCGAGGGGGCUGAUGCAGGUGUUCAACCUCUCGGCGCCGCACGACCUCCGGCUGCCGCUGGCGCGCCACCUGCCCAAUGCCUGCGCCGCCCUGUACGGCCUCCUCGCCUCGCACGCCGCGUGGCUGCACCAGGCCCUGGCGCGCGGCGCCGUCCGGAGCGGCCACAGCCGGAGCGGGGGCGGCGUCGUCGACGACUACGUCUUCCACGCCAUGCUCAGCAUCUCCGACUGAGCGCCGCCGGCGAGCGGCCACCAGGCGCUCGAGGGCGCGGCGGCGCUGCCGUCGUGGCAGUUGCCAGUUGCCCUUUGCUAUGUUCAGUUUAAAUUAGGAAGUCUCUCGCCCCGCUAGCUUCUCCAUCCAUCCGCUCGUUUCGUUUGUGGUUGUUGUUGGCACAGUUAAAAUUUGAAUUUGGCUGAAUGAGUUGGGGAGUUUUCUGUAACUCUGGUUGGUAAAUUCAGUACAAGAGAUUUUCUCUGAAA